GGCUCUGACCCUUUUACCCGGAAAUGGCGUGAAGAGGCACUCUGCGGUUGGUGCCUACCAAACCUGGGCAACUGGCGGGUUCCAUGAGCCUUCCUCAGCCCACCUGCGCCAGUCCUUUAGGGCUGUGCGGGAUCGUCUGCCCUUCCCAGUUGGGAUGGGCUACAGGUGUUCACGACUCCUAUUUCCUACUUCCACAGGCUGGGACUGUGGGAGGUCAAGGUCUGACUUCGAUUUUGAAUAUCCUUUCAAAAGGCAAGGUUGGCUGAGGAGCCAGCGGCGCACGAACGGGUGCGGGUGGCUCGGGUCCUUCUCAGAGUAAGGGCACCUCUUUCUUCGAGGACCAGGCAUAGCCUGGGUGAUGGCUAGAAAUGCAUAAUCUCAGGCUGCAUCCCAUACUUCCUGAAUCAGAAUCUUCACGUUAACGACAUGCCUAGGUGGUUUUUGUGCACGUUACUGUUUGAGAAUUGCUGCUUUAAGCUUCGCGUGAUUUCUGGUGUAGAAGGCAAUGUUGACGAAUGCGUUUGGUUCUGGAGACGGUGGCCUAUACUGCAGACCUAAAGGAGAGGUUAAGGUGUGAGUCUUGUGUGUCAGACUUAGGAUCUUUAUGCAUUCCAGGUCACUUAAGUCACCUUGUCACUUAAGGUGGUAUAAUGAACGUGCUAUGAUACAAGUAGAUAAGCUAUGUGAGCAUAGGUAUCAGGGAGUGUACAGAAGCAAUCAGGAAAGGGAAACUAAUAUACGCAAUGAGGCAUUAGUCAACCUGAGGUUUAAAGACGGAUAGGACGUGUAUUAGGAAUGAAUCUAUUCCAUCUGCUUAGCGUCCCACAAACAUAGUUUCUAGGCAAGGAAUUCACUUUAUAAUAAAAGGAGUGUGGUCACCAGUUGCCAAGAUGGCCCCCAGUGAUCCUGGUCUUGUGUAGUCCCUUCCCACAUUGACUUAGGAUGACUUUGUGUCUUUUUUUUUUUUUUUUUUUUUAACGUUUAUUUAUUUUUUAGUGGGAGCGGGGAAAGGGCAGAGAAGGAGGGAGACAGAGAAUCCGAAGCGGGCGGGUUCCGCGCCGACAGCGGUGAGCCCAAAGUGGGGCUCAAACUCAGGAACCGUGAGAUUAUGACCUGAGGCCAAGAAGGAUGCUCAACCGACUGAGCCGCCCAGGUGCCCCUGACUUUGUGUCUUAACCCAUUUUGGCUGCUAUUACAAAAUACCCUAGACUGGGUAGUUUAUAAACAACAGAAAUGUUUUUUUCACAGUUCUGGAGGCUGGGAAAUCCAGGAUCCAGGUGAUGGUGCAUUGGUGUCUGGUGAGAGUCCACUUCCUGUUUAUAGAUGGCUUUUCUUUUCAGUGUAACCUCACACAGUGGAAGGGACAAGGGAGCUUUCUCGGACCUACUUUUAUAAGAGCACUAAUACUCUUAGUGAGGGUUCUGCCCUCAUGACUGGAUCACCUCCCAAAGGCCCUGCCUCCUAAGGACCCUACCAUCACCUUGGGGCUAGGAUUUCAGUAUGUGAACUUGCUGGGGACAUAACCAUUCUCUCCUUAGCACCGUGCAAACAGCAGAAUGUUGUGGAAAUGAUGAUGUGUGAUGGUAGGAGCUCCAUCAUAAAAGAUACUGUGAUUUCCAUGUUGCUCUCUCGAAUCUCUUGUUCUGUGGGAAGCCGAUUAACUCUGUUGCAAGGACAUAUGAAGUUGUCUCUAUGGAGAAGUUCAUGUGAGGGACUGAGUUUCCUGCCAAAAGUAGCAUGAGGGCACCGCCUUGGAAGACCAUCCUGCGGCCACAGUCAAGCAUUCAGAUGACUGAGUCCCUACGGACAACUGAACUGCGGUCUCAUGACAAGUCCUGGUCGAGAACAACCAUUCAUCUAAACCAUUAACAGGUUCCUGACCCAUAGGAAUUGUGUAAGCCCCAUGAGAGGAGCAAACCAGUCGAGUGUCUCCGAGUUCCUCCUCCUCGGGCUCUCCAGGCAGCCCCAGCAGCAGCAGGCCCUCUUUGCGCUCUUCCUGAGCAUGUACCUGGCCACGGUCCUGGGAAACCUGCUCAUCCUCCUGGCCAUCUGCGUGGACCCCCACCUGCACAUCCCCAUGUACUUCCUCCUCAGCCACCUGUCCUUUGUGGACAUCUGCUUCUCCACCACCACCGUCCCCAAGAUGCUGGCCAACCACAUCCUUGGGACUCAGACCAUCUCUUUCUCUGGGUGUCUCACACAGAUGUAUUUUGUGUUCAUGUUCAUGGACAUGGACAAUUUCCUCCUGGCUGUGAUGGCCUAUGACCGCUUUGUUGCCAUAUGUCACCCCUUACACUACUCGACAAAGGUGACCCACCAGCUCUGUGCCCUGCUGGUUGCUGGGUCAUGGGUCAUUGCCAACCUGGAUGUCCUACUGCAUACCCUGCUGAUGGCUCGACUCUCGUUCUGUGCAGACAAUGCCAUCCCCCACUUCUUCUGUGAUGUGACUCCCCUCCUGAAACUGUCCUGCUCUGACACCCGUCUCAAUGAGAUGAUGGUUCUUAUCGAAGCAGGGUUGAUCAUGAUCUCUCCAUUUAUUUGCAUCCUGGCUUCGUAUGUGCAUAUUACCUGCGCUGUCCUGAGAGUCCCGUCCACGAAGGGAAGAUGGAAAGCCUUCUCGACCUGUGGCUCGCACCUGGCCGUGGUUUCCCUCUUCUAUGGCACCAUCAUUGCUGUGUAUUUCAACCCUUUAGCCUCACACUCAGCUGAGGCAGAUAUAGCAUCUGCUGUGAUGUUCACGGUGGUGACUCCCAUGCUGAACCCCUUCAUCUACAGCCUGAGGAACAAGGACAUAAAAGGGGCUCUUGGAAAAGUGGUUGCUCUGAAUAUUUUUCUACCUGGUAAUCAAAUGGGCUAAGAAAAUCAGGCAGGGAACUAGUUUCUAAGAAGACCAUAUUUGCUUUUUCUAUUGUGCAAAGCUCAGCAUUUGUCAUGUGUGAGAGAAUCAUCUAGUGUCUGUCUUGGGAGACCAGAUUUGAUACAGCCUCUUCAGCUAAGGAUGGAAAGCAAGAUCCUUUUACCAAAUAACUUACUGCACCUGUUAGUGCCCUGCAGCCCAAACCCACUAGCAACACAUGUCUUGUUGAAUGAGUGUGGUUUAUUAGGCUCAGAGGGGAGAAUGCAUACCAUCGGGAGUUGUGAGGCAUCUUAGCAGGAAGGUGUUAGACAGGAUUUACAAAAGGCUUGUUGUCUGAGGUGAAUUUAGUGAGGAUUUAAGGAGAUGGGUCUGUGCUCUGGAUUUCACACUGUCACAUAGUAGGGAUGAUUCUGAUGGAGUAUCUUAAAAUAUUUUAUCUAGGAGGGAAGACUAGACUAAGGCAAGACUGUGAUUGGCAGAGAAGUAGCAUUAAUUCGUAUCAGCCAACAUAGGGGGAGUUUGGUCAUUUUUGUGGCUUGGACAGUGUUCGGACAUGAUUACAGAGUGGUCUCUCUUUGUCUUGCUCCAUGAUGGUCACAGAGCGGCCCUGUGUGGUACUGUGGUUGUGUUCAUCCUGAGAACAUGGCAUCGAUCUGUGAGUGCCAGGCCAUCUCCUGGGUGUCAGGACUGGUUUGUCUUUCUCACAACAGAGACGCAGAGAUAAGAGUACAUCUUACGGGAAGCUCAGACCGGUGGGGGUAGGAAAGGGAAGGGUUCAUUUAGGGCUCCAAGAAGCCCUAAUUCUGCCACGAAUUCGAGCUAAUUAUUUGUUAUUUUCUUAUCUGAGCUUUCUGGGUCACACAGCAUUACAGCAGGAAUAAGUGUGAGAUACACAAGAAUAUCUUCGAAAAUCUCCACUGUGUCAAUGAACUGCAUCUUUUUUCCACACUGCCUUCAGUUUAUGUCAAUGCGGUGAGAUAUUUUACAUAGUUACUAAUUUGUAUCCUGAUUUCCCACUAUAAUUUUAUAAUAAAGCUUUUCAAAAUUGC